AUGGAAGUGGACUCGGACUUUCUUACUGGAUCCACGAAUGGGAUCGCAGUAGACGCCAGUUACAGCAGGAAAGAUUGGUUCAUGAAACAAGCUAGUCGAAGCUCGAGCCAGGAGGGCCUGACGGGAGAGGAGGCGGAGGAGAUCCUGGUGAAGGGUCUUGACCCCUCCUCUCCUCUCCUGCGAGGAGAUCCGACUGAGAUCGCUUCUCGAAUGUCGGCCAUAAUCUCGGCAGCCAACCGGAUGAUGAGCAAGGAGAGGACGAAGGUGGAAGCGAUGAAGAGGGAGAAGGAGGAGCAAAUGCAUGAGUGCAAGAUCCUGAAGAGCAAGCUGAAGGAGAUGGAGAAGGAGAGGAACCAGCUGCUGAGGAGCAACAUGGAGAUGAAGGAUAAAGUGAGGGACGAGGUCAUGGACGAGAUCAUCGAUGAGAGGAAUGAAUGGCAAGGUAAGGUCAAUUCCUUGUUGGAGGAAAUUGCUACGUUGAAAGCAAGGAACCUGAAGCUUGCAGCCGCUGAAGAAGAGCUGAUCGCGCUGAAAGAAAGCAUUGCAAGCAAGGAGGAACAAGCGUGCGAGAGCAGCUUCGAGCUGCAGAACGCAAACGUGCGGCUUGACUUCGUGGAGAAGAAGCUCGAGCGCAUCAUUCAGAACGUCAACGAAGAGUUCUCAACGCUCAAGAGGCAGAAAGAUUUCUUUGAAGCAGAGGUUCAGACCAAGGACAUCAGAGAGCAGGCUGAGGCUCACUUGCAGAGCUACGAGGAGAAGGAGGAGAUGCAGAGGAGGAAGGAAAGUUUGGAGGCGACGAUCAACGUGCUCAUGAGGAAGAACGAGCAGACACGGGAGGCGAUGGGGAAGCAGAGGGUUGAGAUAGAGAAAUUGUGGGAGAUGAUCAGGCUGCUGAAGGAGAAGCAUGCAAUCUCAGAGGAGGAGCUGUCACGCCUGCACAAGAGGAUCUUUAGAGCAGGAGGAGGACAGGAGGACAACCAUGCUGGACCAAGAUGGGCCGGGGAGAGACUUGAGGGGCCGUCGAAGCGGUCUGCCGUCGAGGCCUCCCAAGUAUCGAGAUCGCUGAGCGACUUGUCCAGUGAUUCGAUUGGUAUCUACAAGGAUCCGGUCUCCCAGUGGGUGAGAGGGUUGAGGGCGGACGAAGGGAGCAGGGCGGGGAAGCUGCCGGGAGGAAAGCAGAGGAGGUCAAGGAAGACUGAGGAAGCUACUCCGCGUCCUCAGACAAACGUCUCGCUCUCCUUGCUCGGGUCGACGAGCUCCGGCAGGCAUCUGAGCGCUCCCUUGCAGAGGAUCAAGCAGAAGCAGGAUGAGGACGUGAAGAGGGAGAGCCUCCUCGGGAACGAGUGGGACCUCAUCAUUCUCGAGCGAUUGUGGGGAAGGCAAAUACCUCCAGGUUCUGCGCUGGUCUGGGAUGUCUUUCUCGAUAUUUUCACUCCUUCGAUGGCUUCACAAAAUGCCAUGAAGGACGCGCACAACAGCUCCCUGUCUCCCUCCAAGGACCUGGUUACUAAGUUGUGGGAGAUGAUGGUGGAGAGCGACGAGCCUCCGCUGUCGGUCGCGUGGAAGACUGUGAUGGAGCUGAUCGAUGGAGUGAAGAAACUUCAGACAGGCAACAAGGAGCACGAGGAGGAGGAAGAGGAGGAAGACAGCGACGACGAAUGGCUCUGGAAGAUCUCUCACGACAAGUCAAGAACCAAGAUGCAGGCUCAUACACGAAAACCUCAGUCCUCCUCCUCCUCCCGAGCAGGAGGGAGGGAAAACAACGGCGCAGCCCAUACAACCUCUUCCUACCCCCAUCGAGAUCUCAGGGGGCUGCUCGCCUCUCAGUCGGCUCCUACAAACCCGUUCGCUUCCUCCAUAGAGGUUGAGGACUCGGACUCGUCCGAGGAAGAGGAGUCUCUGGUGAAGGAGGCACGCUUGCUGAUACUAGCUGAGGAUGACAAGCUUCCAAUACCUCCAGACGUUGACGUCAUACCAAGCAGCAUCGACGUUCCUCUAGCAGCGAAACCCUCGACCAAUGGAAGGCAUGACAUUCAAAAUGCAGGGACGGUUUCAAGAAAGGGCAACAAAAAUAGACGGCAGAAGCGUCAGGCGCUGUGGAGCGAUAGCGACUCAUAG